ACAAAGUAACUUUGGCUGUGUAUGUUCACAGUGGUCAUACUCCUACAUGGUGCCUGGAAGCCCGAGGCUGGAAAACCUAAUGUGCUGUUACCUAAGCGGCAUGUUCAUCACCUGAUCUGCAGCCCAUCCAGCCAAUUAUAAUUCACAGCGUCAUAUCCAUGAACCCAACUUCUAUCAUCCCCACGGCGACCUCCCCAAAUUGUUUCACGCGCACACCAUCUGUAAACACACACCCAGCAAAGACAGCCAGUAUUCAUUUCCCACACAAAUUCACGUCCAUUUUCUUUGGGCUUAUCCCGGAGCGAUUCCUCUCGACGAUACCAAUCCGGCCACUUCCUAUUCGCCGCGGUACGUAUACAUUCGACAGGCAACGGCGGGAAAUGAAAAUCGCCACCUUACAGUUCGCGCCAAAGCUGGGCGACGUGGAGGGUAACAUCCGACGCGCAAACGAGCUACUACAGCACGGCAAGCUACUCGGAUCAAGGGGGCCCGAGGCGGGGAUUGAGAUCCUGAGGCCGGAUAUCCUGGUCCUGCCCGAGUUGGCGUUGACGGGUGAGUUCAAUAGUCCCGUUUUGCUUCUUUGUUUCCCCCGGGGUGUCUCGUACGCUGAUUGUCUGCUAGGUUAUAAUUUCCCCUCAUUGGAGGCCAUCAGACCGUACUUGGAACCUACGGGCCAGGGUGCGUCGGCCAACUGGGCACGAGACGUCGCCAAACGCUACCGGUGUAAAGUGUGCGUGGGGUAUCCUGAGAUCGAAACACGGCCAGGAAGUCAAGAUGGCGUGAACGACGAGCAGGAAACAUGCUAUAAUUCUCUCCUGGUGGUUGACGAGACCGGAGAAGUUCUCGUCAACUACCGUAAGACGUUUCUGUACUAUACGGACGAGACGUGGGCGGAGGAAGGCACUGCGGAGCGGAGCUUUAAGGAGUUGAGCUUUGCGGGCUCCGACCAGGGCGCUGCUGCGGUCAGCAGAAAGGUGGCGACGUCAUUCGGCAUCUGCAUGGAUAUCAACCCGUACCAGUUCAAGGCGCCGUUCACGGCCUGGGAGUUCGCGAAUCGGGUGCUGGACUCGAAGACCCAGCUGGUCGUGCUGUCGAUGGCGUGGCUCACGCUGCUGAGUCGGGAGGAGCUGGAGGACCUGGCGGACAAACCGGACCUGGACACCUUUAAUUACUGGAUUCAGCGAUUCAUCCCUCUCCUCCGACAGCGAAUGAGCCACGAGUCGGACGUCGACGACGCCGGCGCAGUCGAGUCCGAUAAGCGGAUCAUUCUGGUCUUCGCCAACCGAGCAGGCGAGGAGGAGGGGGCCGAAGGGGCGAAUCUGGCUCGGUAUGCGGGCACCAGCGCCAUUAUCGCCGUCAAACAACGAGCGCAGCCUCUUUCGUCAGAGGAGAAAGCUAGCACCGGGGCGGAAAAGGCUCCGAAUGGACCCGACGAGGACGGCGCAAAGCAAGAGACGCCGCCGAUGGACGUGAAGAUACAUUGCUGGAAUCUGAUGGGCGCGGCAACCGAGGGGAUUUGCUUCGCCGACACCCAGGAGGAUCCUAGGAUGAUUUUUGAGUUGGUCAAAAGGAGCGGUUGAAGUUAAUCCCCACCGCGCCGAACCU